CGUCUGCGGCUGAGUAGAGCGGUUGGUUCUCCGGACGCUCGGUUACUGAGAUAGUUCAGCAACGUGCAAGUGCACUCGUGUGUGGUAUUCGAAACGUGAAACGUGAUACUCUGCCGCAGAAUGGCCAAGGAACCGCCGGCGAAUAUUGAGCAGCUUCUCGAGCUGGACCCGUAUCUGAAACUUCACGAAAAGGAAAUCCGGCGCAGAAACACGGAGUUCCGUGGAUGGAUCAAGCGUCUGAAUGAGCUGGAAGGUGGGCUGGAUGAGUUCACCCAAGGCUACAAACACUACGGAGUGCACAUCGCCCAGGAUAACAGCGUAGUCGCGCGCGAGUGGGCUCCGGGCGCUAAAGAGGUCUAUCUGACCGGAGAUUUCAAUAACUGGCAGUGGUUGGCGACACCGUACGCCAAGUUACCUUUCGGGAAGUGGGAACUUAAGAUCCCCCCCAAUCCGGACGGUUCCUGUGCGAUUAAGCAUCUGUCGGAGGUAAAGGUGAUCAUUCGGAAGCAGGAUGGUGCACUGGUCGAUCGUCUAUCUCCGUGGGCUACCUACGCCGUGGCACCACCGAAGGAGCUGGGUGUCAACUAUCAGCAACGGAUUUGGAAUCCUCCCCCCCACGAGAAGUAUAUGUUCCGUCACCGGAAACCUAAUCGUCCGCGCGCUUUACGAAUCUACGAAAGCCACGUCGGAAUUGCUACCGAAGAGUACGGUGUUGGUACCUACCGCAACUUCGCUGACAAUAUUGUCCCAAGGAUUGCAAAGCUCGGUUAUAAUACCAUUCAACUGCUCGGAAUUUUAGAGAAUACAUAUUACGCAUCAUUUGGUUAUCUUGUAACGAGCUUCUUUGCGGCAUCCAGCCGCUCCGGAACACCGGAUGACCUGAAAUACAUGAUCGACAAGGCGCACGAGCACGGAUUGUUCGUACUGCUCGAUGUGGUCCAUUCACAUGCCAGCAAGAACACGCAGGAUGGCUUGAACCAGUUCGACGGUACGGACGCUUGCUACUUCCACGAUGGUCCCCGGGGAUUGCACACACUCUGGGACAGUCGGCUGUUUAAUUACUCCGAGUACGAAGUCGUACGCUUUUUGCUAUCGAACUUGCGUUGGUGGCACGAUGAGUACAACUUUGAUGGUUAUCGGUUCGACGGUGUCACCUCGAUGCUGUACCACUCGCGUGGGAUUGGCGAAGGGUUUUCGGGUGAUUAUAACGAGUACUUUGGGUUAAACGUCGAUACGGAGGCGCUCGUGUAUCUGACCAUCGCGAACUACUUCUUGCACGAGCUCGAUCCGAACGUCAUCACGAUAGCGGAGGAUGUGAGCGGUAUGCCGACGCUCUGUCGCCCAACGCAGGAAGGUGGCGUUGGGUUCGACUAUCGCCUCGGAAUGGCCAUUCCGGAUAAGUGGAUUCAACUGCUGAAAACGAAGAGCGACGAAGAUUGGAACAUUGGCAAUAUCGUGCACACGCUGACCAACCGGCGCUGGAAGGAAAGCACGGUGGCCUAUGCGGAAUCGCACGAUCAGGCGCUCGUCGGCGACAAAACGAUCGCCUUCUGGUUGAUGGAUAAGGAGAUGUACACGCACAUGUCCGUCGUUUCGGACUCCAGCUUGAUCAUUGAUCGUGGAAUCGCACUGCACAAGAUGAUCCGACUGAUUACGCAUGCGCUGGGCGGUGAGGCGUAUCUUAACUUUAUGGGCAACGAAUUCGGUCACCCCGAGUGGCUGGAUUUCCCGCGUGUCGGUAACAACGAAUCGUACCACUAUGCCCGCCGCCAGUGGCAUCUGGUCGAUGAUCAGCUACUGAAGUACCGCUUCCUGAACGAGUUCGAUCGUGCGAUGCAGCAUACCGAGGAGCGGUACCACUGGUUGGAUUGUCUGCCGGCGUACGUUAGCUGCAAGCACGAGGACGACAAGGUGAUAGCGUUCGAGCGCAACAAUCUGCUGUUUGUGUUCAAUUUCCACAGCACCAAGAGCUUCACCGAUUACCGCAUCGGGGUCGAUCUGGCUGGUAAGUAUCGGGUGGUGCUUAGCACGGAUGAUGGUGCGUUCGGAGGGUUCGAUCGAAUCGAUAAAACCGUCGACCACACUACAUUCCCGGAGGGUUGGAACGGUAGGCGCAACUAUCUGCAGCUCUACAUACCCUGCCGAACUGCCUGUAUUCUGGCAGUACAGUGAAGAAAGAGAUAGAGAGGAAGCUGGUCAUGUGUUACAUUUGUUUUGUUUUUGUUGGAAUGUAAUGCUCCAUGUAUCCAAAUGCCAUAGUGUGGCCUAUUAUUUCGCUUAUAUAACAAGCUCAUAGAUCGGGUAUAUCAGCAAUAAAUGAUGAAUUUAGAGAAAUGGUUAAA